AUGUUGGUGAAAAACGUCAAUAUGUCCAUUACUUUGUCCCUCACCGCUCUGCGGCUGGUGGGGUUUUGGUCACCAGAGGGUUGGGCUCACACCAAAAGAAUCCUUUAUAAUUGCUACGGGUUCUUCUGUUUUAUGUUUCUGUUAGGCACCUACCUAGUCUCCCAAGUAGUGGACAUGUACCUGAUCUGGGGAGACCUGCCCCUGAUGACGGGCGUGUCGUUUGUGUUGUUCACCAAUAUCGCUCAAUUUGUGAAGUUCGCUAACGUAGCGUGGCGUAGAGAGAUCAUAUGGAAUCUUGUACAUGAUGCUGAUGCGGCCCUGCGAGCAGCCGACUCGGAUGAAGCUAAAGAAAUAGUGCGAAGAUGUAACCGGGAGACUAUAAUACAGCAAGUCGUGUUCGGCUGCCUGACGUUUGUGACGAUGUUGGGCUGGGCAACGAGUGCUGAGAAGGGCCAGCUGCCUCUGAGAGCUUGGUAUCCGUAUGAUGUGACGAAAUCACCAGCCUACGAGCUGAGUUAUCUGUACCAGAUUGGAGCAUUGUACGUGGCUGCAUUCCUCAACGUUGGCAAAGAUACGCUGGUCACGUGUUUGAUAGCGCAAUGUCGAUGUAGAUUGCAGCUACUGGGACUUUCACUGAGGAACCUCUGUCAGGGCAUACAGCUCUCUGGGAAAUUCCUGAAAGCAGAAGAAGAGGCCAUGGUCAAAUCUCGUCUGGAAAUCUGCGUGAAGCAGCACCAUGAUGCACUUGAGACAGCUCACCUGCUGCAGCACUGCUUCUCCGAGCAGGUGUUCAUGCAGUUCAACGUGUCGCUCGUCAUCAUCUGUGUCACUGCUUUUCAGCUGGUCUCGGUGACCGGUAAUCCUGUCCGCCUGAUUGCCAUGGGCACUUACUUGGUGAACAUGAUGUUUCAAGUGUUUAUUUACUGUUACCAGGGGAAUCAGCUUUCCGAAGAGAGUACUAAAACAGCAGGUGCGGCCUACGAGUGCCCCUGGUACGUGAUGUCCACGCCUCUCCGACGCUCCCUGCUCAUCAUCAUGACGAGGUCCCGGCGAGUCGCCAGGAUCACAGCUGCGGGGUUUACCACUUUAUCACUGGCUUCUUUCAUGGGAAUCAUCAAGAUGUCCUAUUCCAUGUUUACAUUGCUACAACAGCUGGAAGUUGAUGGUUAA